CCCGGACACGGAGCAUAUGCAGCCUCAGGAAAGAAAUAGUCUGAUCGAGCCACAUCGGUGCUCGUAGCCCUUCUCGUUGAUCGUACCGUCCGCAUCUCACAUGUGCGAAGCUAUGUAUAGCGACUUCCGAGGCUGCAUUCACACAGCGCCAUCCCGAGAGCGCGACCAUGUCAGCCACCUCCGGCUUCGCUGCAUAUGGUUCCGCCAGCCGUUCCAUUCCCCGCUCCCAGGCUCAGGCGACGACCACAAUCCGGCGGCCCGCCAACACUGCACCGCCCGGCAUAUAAGCUCGGUGAGAGGGCUACUUCGACUGCACGCAUCCAUCACCGGCGUCCCUGGGCCUCGAGCAGUCAUGCCUGCCUUCGCCUUCGGCGUAGCUCUGUUGGCUUCACUGUCCGUCGUGCAGGCGAAGCUAGUCCCUGGGCUGCGAGUGCGACAGUCCAUCACCGCGCUCACCUCAGCGCAGAUCGCAGCCUUCACGCCGUAUACAUGGUACGCUAGUGCCGGAUACUGCUCUGCGUCGGAAACGCUGUCCUGGAGUUGCGGCAGCAACUGCGAGGCUAACCCCAAUUUCGAACCGGUCGCCUCCGGAGGAAACGGCGACACCACGCAGUAUUGGUUCGUGGGCUAUGACCCAACACUGGAUACAGUCGUCGUGUCACACCAAGGAACGGAUCCGGAGGAUAUUCUGCCUUUGUUGACGGAUGGUGACGCCGUCCUCACCAACUUGAAUUCGAGUCUCUUCCCAGGAGUAUCUUCGGACAUUGAAGUGCAUCAGGGCUUCGCUGAUUCACAGUCGAGCACCGCGUCCGAUGUCCUGUCGGCGGUCCAGACUACAAUGUCCAAGUACAGCACGAACAACAUCGCGAUUGUAGGACACUCACUAGGAGCCGCGAUAUCCCUGCUGGACGCCGUCUACCUUCCGUUGUACAUCCCCGGCGCAACGUACACUUAUAUCGGAUACGGCCUGCCCCGCGUCGGGAAUCAGGCCUUCGCGAACUACAUCGACGCCCUGUCAACAUCAGUAACGCACAUCAACAACGAGGAAGAUCCCAUCCCCAUCUGCCCGGGCAUGUCGCUAGGCUACGUGCACCCGUCCGGUGAGGUGCACAUCCAGGACUCCGGCGAGUGGGCGGCGUGUCCUGGGCAGGACAAUCCGAGUACGCAGUGCAUCGUUGGCGACGUUCCAUCUAUUCUUGACGGCGAUGAGUCGGACCAUGAUGGACCGUACAACGGGAUUACUAUGGGUUGCUAGUCGCGACGAGGGAACGCGACCUCCACUCCUUAUUGAUAUUUCUAUGUGUUCUGGGUUUGCAUAUGGUUUUGGAUUGAGACCUCGGAAUACCUGUAGCGAUAUUCGCAAUGAAUUGAAUUGUGACAUGUUGGUCUGUGAACGUUUGAAUAGUCAUUGUCGCCAGCUGGAGCAGACAUCCUGUAUGGUUGAGUGAAAAUCGCAGUGGGG